AUGAUGAAGUUUGCGUCUUUUGAGACUAUUGUGGAGCUUAUCUACAAGCAUGCAAUCCCCACACCCAAGAAUGACUGCAGUAAGUCCCUGCAGCUUGGUGUUAGUUUUGCUGGUGGCUAUGUAGCUGGCGUUCUGUGUGCUGUUGUGUCUCACCCGGCUGAUAACCUCGUCUCUUUCCUCAACAAUGCCAAGGGUGCUACUGUUGGUGAUGCCGUAAAGAAGCUUGGAUUGUGGGGAUUGUUUACCCGUGGACUUCCUCUUCGUAUUGUCAUGAUUGGAACCCUCACUGGGGCUCAGUGGGGUAUCUAUGACGCUUUCAAAGUUUUUGUUGGGCUGCCGACAACUGGUGGUGCUGCUCCAGCACCGGCUGCCGCAGAACUGGCAAAGGCGUAG